AUGUCGAAUACAAAUGAAAAUCAAUCAGGAGAAGCAGAAGAAAAUUCUAAUGACCAACAAGAACAACAACAAGAAGAACAACAACAAGAACAACAACAAAAUAGCAUAACUCCAGCUAAUGAGCAGAAUAAUAAUAAUAAUAAUGCUCAAGCUCGCCCACGUCAAUCACCGUGGGAAGUAUUUAAAUCGUUUGCUUUUCGAAUGUUAAUGUUUUAUUUCAUAACACAAUUUUUUCGUCGUUCACCAACGAAUACUACACCAGGAAAUGUUACAGUACCAGUCAAUCCUAUUAGUGGUUAUACACCAGGAAAUCUUUUUCCACAUGGAGAGCUACUUGAUAUGUAUAUGUUUAUUAAUGAAGAAGAAAUUUAUGCAUAUGAUCCAUUACGAAAACCAAUUUGGGAAAUAGAUGCUUUAAAAUAUGGAGAUUGGACAUCAAGUGGUACUUAUACAAAAUUUAUUGAAUUUCCUGUUUCAGAAAAUAUACAAAAUAAUGGUUCACUUUAUUUACAUGUUAUUGUAACUAAACAUGGAUAUUCAAUUGAUCCUAAUGAACGUGAAUCUCAUUCAGCACAAUAUGUUUUUUCAAAAAGCAAACGUUUAAAUCGAUAUAAAAGAAAAGUUUAUAAAAAAACAAAAAAUCUUUUAACUGGAAAUACUGAACAAGAUGAAGAAUAUCAAAAGAAAGCUGAUGAUAAAAUUGUUGAACUUUUAUCACAUUGGCAUCCAAAUAUGACAAUUAAUUUACUUGACGAUCAGUCACCAUGGACAAAAGGCAGUAUACCACCACCAAUGGAUAAAUUUUUUGACUUUGAUGUUUAUACGGGAAAAUAUUAUCCAGUACUUUAUUUAAAUGAUUAUUGGAAUCUUCUUUCUGAUUAUUAUCCAAUUAAUAAUACAAUCGAUAAGCUUAAUUUAACAAUUACUGUUGCUCCAAUACAAUUAUGGAAAUGGCAAAUGUAUAUAUCACAAAAUUUACGUCAAUCAUGGUAUGGAAAUUUACUUGGUGAAGAAGAAAAUGAUGAUGAUCAAGAUGCAAUGAAACGUGCACUUGUGGAAACGAAUCCAUAUUUACUUGUGAUCACUAUUGUUGUAUCAAUUAUACAUACAAUUUUUGAAAUUUUGGCUUUUAAAAAUGAUAUUCAAUUUUGGCGAACACGAAAAUCUCUUGAAGGCUUAUCUGUUCGAAGUGUUUUUUUCAAUAUAUUUCAAAGUUUUAUUGUUUUAUUAUAUGUAUUUGAUAAUGAUACAAAUACAAUGGUUCGUAUUAGUGUUUGUGUUGGUAUAGUUAUUGAAUUAUGGAAAGUACCAAAAGUUCUUAAUUUUGAACGUUUACCAAAUCAAACAUGGUUUGGUUUCAUUCCAAAAUAUAAAUAUGUUUAUAAACGAUCCUAUACUGAUACAUCAACAUCCGAAUAUGAUCGAAUGGCUUUUAAAUAUCUUUCAUGGACAUUAUUUCCAUUAGUUAUUGGUUAUGCAUGUUAUUUAUUAAUGUAUCAUGAACAAAAAAGUUGGUAUUCAUUUUGUUUAAGUACAGUUUAUGGAUUUUUAUUAACAUUUGGUUUUAUUAUGAUGACACCACAAUUAUUUAUUAAUUAUAAACUUAAAUCUGUAUCACAUUUACCAUGGCGUAUGAUGACAUACAAAGCAUUAAAUACAUUUAUUGAUGAUUUAUUUGCUUUCGUUAUUAAGAUGCCAACAAUGUAUCGACUUGGAUGUUUUCGUGAUGAUAUAAUAUUUUUUAUUUAUCUUUAUCAACGUUAUAUUUAUCCAGUUGAUCGUAAACGUCUUAAUGAAUUUGGUACAACAGGUGAAACAGAUUCUGCUCUUGUACCAACUGAAGAACAAUCAACUACAGAUACAUCUAAUGAACAACAUGCUAAAACAGAUUAG